CACUCUAGUCCAUGCUGACCUGGAGCUCACUAUGUAGUCUCAGUGUGGCCUCGAACUCAAUCCACCUACCUUUGCAUCCCAAGUACUGGGAUUAAAGGCGUGCGCCACCACACCCGGCCUCUAUCCUGCUUUCUUAACUUUCCCUUCUCCUUGGGCCUCAGUUGGGCUGCUGGGCGCAUAUUUGGUCCUCACAACAUUUAAGGAACACCUAGCAUAUGUCAGGUGUGAUGCCAGGUAAUGGGAGUACAAUGAUAAAGAAGGUGUUUACCUGGCACUCAAGUUGAUUCACCCUUCAAGAGCGACUGGUGCCCACGCCGGAGCGGGGAGCUCUAGAAUCUGGACUGUGGAGGACGUUCUUAGGUAGUUCUGUAGAUGAACCAAGAGACCAGCAGUGUGGAUAACCUGCAGGUGGACAGACCUGAGCCUCUAAGGUUGGUCCCCAGGGAAUCUAGUCCCCAUUAAAUCUCACAUCUAGGAAUUUAGGCAUUGACCAAGACUUCUUGCAUGACUUUGACCAUCACUGAGACUGGAAUGUUACGUUUCAGUGAAUGAACAAGCCAGUCUUGUCUUGUGUGGAGCAAUGCUGAAAUUCCAAGAGGCAGCUAAGUGCAUGAGUGGAUCCACAGUCAUUUCCACUUACCCAAGGACCUUGAUUGCAAGAAGAUAUGCACUUCAAAAGAAACUUGGCAGUGGAAGUUUUGGAACUGUCUAUCUGGUUUCAGAUAAGAAAGCCAAACAAGGAGAGGAAUUAAAGGUGCUGAAGGAAAUCUCUGUUGGAGGACUCAAUCCAAAUGAAACUGUGCAGGCGAGCCUGGAAGCCCAGCUCCUCUCCAAGCUAGACCACCCGGCCAUCGUCAAGUUUCAUGAAAGCUUUGUGGAGUGGGAUAAUUUCUGCAUUAUCACAGAGUACUGUGAGGGUGGCGAUCUGGACUACAAGAUUCAGGAAUAUAAGGAAGCUGGAAAAGUCUUUCCUGAAAAUCAAAUAAUAGAAUGGUUUAUCCAGUUGUUGCUCGGAGUUGAUUAUAUGCACGAGAGGAGGAUACUUCAUCGAGACUUGAAAUCAAAGAAUAUAUUUCUGAAAAAUAAUCUACUUAAAAUUGGGGAUUUUGGAGUGUCUCGACUCCUAAUGGGGUCCUGGGACCUGGCCACGACUUUAACUGGUACUCCACAUUAUAUGAGUCCCGAGGCUCUGAAGCAUGAAGGCUGUGACACGAAGUCGGACAUCUGGUCCCUGGCAUGCAUUUUAUAUGAGAUGUGCUGCAUGGACCAUGCAUUCACUGGCUCCAAUUUCUUGUCCGUUGUUCUAAAAAUUGUUGAAGGUCAAACACCUUCACUUCCUGAGAGAUAUCCAAGAGAACUGAGCACCAUUAUGGAAAGCAUGUUGAACAAGAGUCCUGCAUUGAGACCAUCUGCUAUCGAAAUUUUAAAAACACCCUACAUCGAUGAGCUGCUUCAGCACCUGAUGUGGAGGUACUCAGAAACGACUCAAGAAGACAAGCAUUUGGAUUGUCAGAAGGCUGCUCAUAUAAUUAAUGCCAUGCAAAGAAAGAUCCACCCACAGACUCUACAGGCACUGUCUGAUGUGCAGAUGACCCCGCGAGAAAGGAUGCGGCUGAGGGAGCUGCAGGCUGCUGAAGAGAGGGCCGCGAAGCUGAAGGAAUUAGAUGAACCGACCUCAGAGAACCGGCCUGAGCUUAUGCUGAUUCCUCCUCUGAGCCUCAGUGAACUUCAGUCAAGUAUAGAAAACACCAUCGUUGACCUUGGACACCACGGUCUGUGUUUGCAUCCACUUGCAGCAGAGAUCCCAGAAGACCCGCUUGUGGCUGAAGAGUAUUAUGCCGACGUAUUUGAUUCCUGUUCUGAAGAGAGUGAAGAGCAGGAAGAUGAAACCUUGUCCUCAGAACCAGCAGGGGAAGUAAGAGAUGAGGGAGCUCCGCCAGCUUACCUAGCAAACCAACAGGACAGUGAUAUUGAAGCAUUGGUCAAGUGUUUGGAAAACGUCUUAGGUUGCACCUCUCUAGACACAAGGACCAUUACCAGCGAGGCUGCAGACAUGUCCCCAGGACCAACAGUUUUCAACAGUGCAAUGGCCAGGACCAAGAUGAAAUGCAUGAGGGAGUCAGCUGUUCAGAAACUGGGAGUUGACGUCUUUGAGGAAGUCUAUAAUUACCUCAAGAGAGCAAGGCACCAGAAUGCCAGUGACAUGGAGAUCCAGGAGUAUCUUGAAAACAUGGUACCUCGAGCCAGUGACUGUUUUGAAGUGGACCAGCUCCUCUGUUUUGAGCAUCAGCUGCAGCCUGCAUUGAGGAAGGAGUCCUUGUUCCAGAACCCUCACUGAGGAGCUGCCGUGAAUGGCAAGCACAAGGUCCAGGGGACACAUUUCUGCGAAAAUACGUGAAACUUACACAGUGGACUCUUAUCAAGGAAAGUGGAUCCAUGACUGGAGCCACCAUCUUUGCAUUCAGUUCCUGCUCAGAAGCAAUGACUCCUUUAGAGAGAAGCACGCCUUCUGCCUGCGCCUGAAGCCAUGGGUCAUGGGCAUCAACGUGUUGUUUGAUCAUGCCGAAAGGUAAACUCACAGGCAAAGUCUAGCAUCUUGAAAGACUUUCCUUCACGCAGGCCCGCAGGGCCUCCAAUAAAGCUGAAGCAUCCUGAAGAUGGGCUGGGAGAAGACAACUAUUUCCAGUGAGAGACGAGCGGAGUGCCUAACCACCUUGGUCUCCAGAAGCUGUGGCCAGCUUGCUUAUCGAGAUCUCUAGGAACUGACCUUGGACAAGAUGAACUACCCACCAGUCAGAUAUAUCCAUUUCAGGUGACCCAUUUUGGGGCCACCAUUUUCUUUCUAUGCCUAACAAGCCAACAGUGUGAAAAUACAAGGGCCCCGAUUGAAAGCCUGAGUGACUCUUUCCUCCCUAAACUCAUUCGUGGAGCUCUGAGGACUUUUUGUUCAAAAUCAAUAUAGAGUCCAUGGUUAAAA